GAUUUUCGACAUUGAUACUCCCUCUCCUCCUUCAAACAAAGACUCAAUCUUUCUCUUUCGUUUGUUCUUCCGACCGCUUAGAAUCUCGUCGUAUCUUCUACAACUACAACUGGAUACUUAGUUACAGACACAUAGAAGGGUACGAAGAAGAAAAAGACUACCUUUAAACGAACAAGUUUGGUGAAGGGUAAACAUCGGCAAUUGAAUUCUUUCUAAAAUUAACCCUUUUUUCAUCUUCUUCCAGAAAUUAGGUCAGAUUUCCACCUUCUUCUGUUUUUGAUUUCAUCCUCAAUCAAUUCCACCCAUCUUUGUCCUAUUUGCAAUUUUAGUCGGUUCUGAAACAAACCAAAUUUUGGGUUGACGAAUGAUGGCUUCUUCUUCUCCACUGUUUCUCUCUCUUAAAUCCUUCAUAUGGGAUUCUCUCUCUACCUACUUCCUUUUCCUUUUUACCCUAUUCCGCACACGCGUCUUCAGGUCAAAAAAAUCAAAUGGAAUGAAACACGACGAACCCGAUUGUCCUGAAACAGAGCUGCAACCAGACAAAGAAGAAGAGGGAGAUCGUGGUGGUGUUUUAAUGGUGGAGGAUAAAGAGGAACCCGGUUUAAGUUUCGGGUUUAGGUUUCAAUCUUAUGAAGAAUUUAGCCGGAGCAGGACAGAAGAUGAAAACCCUCGUACGGAGAAAAGUUUUUGUACAUUUCUAGAAGAAUCGGAGAAACAGAAUCGCGAUGAGUACGAGGAUUCAGCGAUAAAGUCGGAGUCUAUCCAGGAAAAAGUUGUUGAAGAAGAAGAAGAAGACGAAUUCAAGGGAAUUACUACUGUUCAAGAUGAGGGUAAGAGCUGUUCGAUAAUGGAUUCGUUGGAUGAAAUUGAUUCAGCCUCUGAAUCAUCAACUGGUUCGGUUCCCCUGAGAUUGCUGAUGAACCGGUUGCUGGAUUCUUACAGUGAUGGGUUUCUGUCAGACAAAGAUGAAACCAUAGAUGAAACCCAACUCCAAAAACCAGCUUACAUUGAUACAGUUUCAUCAGAAUCAGAUCGAGAUCCCAAUGAAGAAUACCCUUUUUCUUGCUCCUCCAGUGAAGAAGAAGAACUAGAAGAAGAAGAAGAAGAAAAUGUUUAUACGACAGAAGAGCUGAGCAGAAUCGAAAAAGCCCAUUAUCGAGACAUGGAAAGCCUAGAACAAUCCGACAACAAAGAAACGUCUGAGGAUUUGGAUGGUCCAUGGGAACAUGAAGAAUUGAUGGAACAACUAAAAAUUGAGCUUGAAAAUGUGAAGACAAGGGGUCUGCUUCCAACAAUUGAAGAAGAUUCAGAGUAUUCUAAGAUAACAGAGGAUCUAAAACCAUGGAGGAUGGAGGAGAAGUUGGAGAAAGCUAAUCAUAUGGAUUCGUUACACAAAUUCUACAAAACCUAUAGAGAAAGAAUGAGGAAAUUCGACAUGUUGAAUUACCAGAAGACGUACGCAAUGGGUCUCAUCCAGCUAAAGAAUGGAGGAAGAGAAGUAUCGUUUGAGAAACGUUCACAAUCAUGGCUAUGCAAACGGAAGAAGGUUCAAAACGAAUCGGUUUUAAAGCUGAUGAAAGACCUUCAAGACGAUAUGGAAGUUGUAUACGUAGGUCAAUUGUGUCUCUCAUGGGAUUUCCUUCAUCUACAAUACAAAACCGCCCUCAAACUCUGGGAAUCCGACGAUCGCCGCCUCAGGAGAUACUCUGAAGUCGCAUUACAAUUCCAACGGUUUCAAGUUCUAAUCAAUAGAUUCGUCGAAGAAGAGCCUUUCCGCGGGCCAAGAGUUCAGUAUUACGUCAAGACACGCUGCAUUCUCAGGAACCUCCUCCAGAUUCCUUUAAUAAGAGAGGAUAAGAGAAGGAAGGGGGAACUGAGUUCUGUGAUGGUAUCUAGCGAUAUGUUGGUGGAAAUCAUCGAGGAAUGCAUAAGAAUCUUCUGGAGAUUCCUAAGAGCCGACAAAGAUUCGUGUUGUUGGGGGAGAAUGAGGUUGACUUGCAUUGAUGUUCCGAAUUGUCGGGUUGAUUCUGGGCUGUUGAUGGAAAUCAGGAACGAUGUUUGGAAGUUAAAGAAUAAAUUGAGGAGGGAAAACUGCAUAUUGAGAAAAUUGAGAAUGGUAGGUCGGAGAGGGGACUAUGACGACGAAGAUGAAGAAGAAGACGAGGGUUCGGUUUAUUUCUUCUCGAAGGUGGAGGUUAGAUUGGUGGUUAGAGUGCUUAAAAUGUCUGGACUAACCAUGGAGCAGUUGGCUUGGUGUCGAACCAAACUUAACAACAUUAGUUUUAGUCAUAGAACUGUUCAUUUAGGCCCUUCCUUCUUGUUAUUUCCAGCUUAAUUAAUCAAUCUGAAUUAUUUUUGGUAUUAUUUAAAUACUAUAUAGUGUGAUUAGUCAGUUAUUGAUUUAUGUUUUAUGA